AUGACGGAGGAGAACAUCAACGACCUGCGGGGCAUGCUGGAGAUCGCCUUGGCGAAAGAGGCACACCUGAGCGAGACACAGACUGAUGACACGGAGGACUCAGAGGAGGCUGGACUGCCACCGGGUGGAGAUCUCACAGCUGAAAAGCUCCCCCUGAUCGUACCUGUCGCCCAGCAGGAAGUUCUGCAAUCGGUGUCGAGUACCUCUGUCGUGACCACUGGACCGGCCAUCGAUAUACAGGCUCUGGAGAAGUGGAUUACCAAGGCAAAGCACAGUUUGACGCGAUUUAAAGUCAUUCCGGAUGAACAGACCUUUGAGGAGUUUAAGAAGUUCUUGGAGGUGAGGACAUAG